CUCACGGUAUUGACUUAUUGUCAAUUUGUCAUUUACGUUAGUGGUGUUAACUAAGUUUGGUCCUAUACGUCUACUAAAAUUUUUCAUAAUGGAUGAUGAUGCGGAAACUUAUAAAUUAUGGCGUAUUCGUAAAACUGUUAUGCAGUUGUGCCAUGACCGAGGUUAUUUAGUGACUCAAGACGAGUUGGAUCAAACUUUGGAUCAGUUUAAAGAACAAUUUGGUGAUAAGCCUAGUGAAAAGCGACCAUCUAGAAGUGAUCUUAUCGUGCUAGUUGCUCAUAAUGACGAUCCCACAGACCAGAUGUUUGUCUUCUUCCCUGACGAAGCCAAAAUAGGAAUUAAAACUAUCAAAACUUACUGUACUAGGAUGCAAGAAGAGAAUAUUCAUAGAGCUAUUGUUGUUGUUCAAGCAGGUAUGACACCCUCUGCAAAACAGUCCUUAGUGGACAUGGCGCCAAAAUAUAUUCUAGAACAAUUUCUCGAAUCGGAACUCUUGAUUAAUAUAACUGAACACGAAUUAGUACCAGAGCACAUUGUAUUGACACCCGAUGAGAAACAAGAAUUACUGGCAAGAUAUAAAUUAAAGGAAAAUAUGUUGAUGAGAAUACAGGCAGGAGAUCCAGUUGCAAGAUAUUUCGGUCUUAAGAGAGGACAGGUCGUAAAAAUUAUUCGAUCCUCAGAAACUGCAGGCAGAUAUAUUUCUUAUAGAUUAGUUUGUUAAGUUUAAGGUUAUUAUAAAUUUAAAAUAAAUUUUCCAUUUAUGUAAUAA